AAUGCGCAACAAGAUAUGAAAGUUAGACCUCCAGUUUUUGAACACCACACUGUUCUUACCUACUGGCCCUCCACCCCACACACACGAGAAGAGAGAACCACAGAAGUCAUGUUCCCUCUCCGUGUACCCCUGUUGAUUGCAUUGGUCGGUGUGGCCCUGUGCCAGUAUUAUGACUACGACUACCAGCCUGUUUCCAUGCUAGGACCCUCAGGGCCCAACUGUAAUCAAGAAUGUGACUGCCCAAUCAACUUCCCCAGUGCCAUGUACUGCGACAGCCGCAAGCUCAAGUUUGUUCCUGUAGUCCCAACAGGGAUCAAGUACCUGUACCUCCAGAACAACCAGAUAGAAGAGAUCAAGGGUGGAGUGUUUGAUAAUGUUACUGAUGGACUUCGCUGGCUGGUACUUGACAACAACCAGAUCACCAAUGGUAAGAUAGCAAAGGGCACAAUCGACAAACUCACAGGUCUGGAGAAGCUAUUCUUCAGCAACAACGAACUGACAGAGCCAGUCAUCCCUCCCUCAAAGGCCCUUGAUGAGUUGAAGAUGAUGCACAACAAGUUGACCAAGUUCCCGUCUGGACUCUUGAAUGACAAGGAGAACUUGACCUCCAUCAGCCUCCAGCACAAUCAGCUAAGCUCCGACGGCAUCAGUGGUGCAUUCAAAGGCCUGAAGAAGCUGCUGUCCCUGGACGUGAGCCACAACAAGCUGAAGAAGCUGCCAGCCGGUGUCCCAAGUUCACUGGAAAUCCUCUACGCCGACUACAACGAUAUCGACAGCGUAGGAGCAGGAUACCUGAACAAGCUGCCCGCGCUGCAGUACCUAAGGAUCUCCCACAACAAGCUGGUGGACUCCGGAAUCCCUGCGGGAGUCUUCAAUGUGUCGUCACUGGUGGAGCUGGACCUGUCUUUCAACAAACUGCAAUCCAUUCCUGAGAUCAACCAGCAGCUGGAGCAACUCUACCUGCAGGCCAACGAGAUCAACAAGUUCGAUCUGGCAAGUUUCUGCAAGUACGUCGAUCCCCUCAACUUUUCCCGCCUGAAGCAUCUGCGUCUGGAAGCCAACAAUGUCACACACAGCAGCAUGCCCCCUGAAUACUCCAACUGCCUGCGCCAAGCUGCAGAUAUCAUGUUUGAAUAAGAACGUCUCUCAAAUCUACGCCCCUUCCAUGACCCCUGCUCUCUACUACCAUAACACAGCCCAGCCCAAAGCCUUCUGGAUUUAAAUGGCCUAAUAUCCCUCCUGUCAUAGUACUCACAUGUCCUUGCACAUAAGUAGUAUGCAAAUCUGAGGUACUGUAAUGGCAUCUUCAUCAAUUAAAUAUAUAUCUUGAUUGAAUCAAGAGUGGGCCAAAUUUGAGAUACGAUGAAUGGCAGGACAAGCUAUCGACAAUUUUGCAAAUCUUUCUCGACAAACAUGCAAUUAGAUUCAACAAACAUCAAAUAUCUGGCUCUAGAUAUGAAUAUUCACAUAGUUCACAAACACAUGAAGGAAAAAAAAAGAAUAAAAAAUAUAUAAAAGGGACCAAAAGUUUUAUGAAUAAAAAUAAAUUCAUAUGCUUUGAUUAAAAACACACACUUUAAACAUUCCAAACUUUUAUUUGAUGGCAUUGAAUACAGACACAAUGGGGUUAACAAUGGCUCCAAUGUCUCAAUUCAGUCAUCAUUUUGUUGUCUGUCUUGUAUGUUCCAAUGUUUAGCAUGUAUAAUAUAAUGUGGGUACAAUAAUUAAUCCAUUGCUGUGCAAAGGACCAGCAAAGAAGGACUGCAUAGUCCAAUUUCAGUGUAUAAUGCCUAAUGUGAGAUGAUGGACAAAUGUAAAGUAGCAGUUACAUAGCAGUCACAUUUUUCAGCAUCUUCGAUGAAUCAAAGUGGCCUUAAGGAAAAUACCAAUGUCAUUCACUCCUGUGUGCCUUUUUCACAAAUGGUGCCUUGGUGCAAAUAGCACUGAUUGACUUCUUUGAGCUAUAAAGUAAAAAAUAAUAAUAUUAGGAGAAGAAAUAACUUCCCAAUAUAAGUAGGAUUUAGCUGUAACUGAAGUAUAUGGUAGUAUGAAGUACAUGAAUGACACAUGAUUAAAAAGACACUGGUAUGAUCCUUGAAGCUACUUUCUCUUCUCAGUUCAACCUUGAAAUGAUAGGAUGAUGUUUUCUAGAAAUCACGAGUCAAAUUGUUUCUUUACGUUACCUAAUUCCUAGCUGUCAUGCGCAUUGCUGAUUUGUAUACAUUUGCAUUACUUGCAUGCACCCAAUGGUACCAUUCUUUGAUAAUAAACUACAGCUUUUGCAGUUAAGGCGCUCUCAUUGUUACGUUGUUGUUCACCAUGUUUGAUGAAUGCUUCUCACAGGUACAAAGUCGACGUGGCAGCAGUGUCAUGUUGACUGAAAUUAUGUUCUUAGAAUAUCACAUUUUGUUUAGGUCAUUUUAUCGUGAUUUCUUAUGUGGCUUUUGACUCGGUAACUGCUCUUGGAUUUGCUGUGAGGAAACCAAACACAGUUGAAUAAACUAUGUUUCCAACAUA